AGGUGUAACAUUAUACUAGGCAAAUUUGACUUCCCUGUUUAUCCGUAUCUCAGUCCCCAUACACGCAUAAACAGUGAAUCUGGCAUUGGUGCUGGGGAUUUAGCCGAGUUAUCUUCAAUAGAGUCACUCGAUUGGAGAAGAAAAGUCAACAGUGGCAAUGGAAACAAAAGGGCAAACUAAGCACCCUCCAGAGUUGAGGAUUGUGUUAUUAGGUGGAAGAGUAUUAACCAGUGACCCCAGUUUUAAAAGUACAGCUGGCAACAUCAUACUUGGCAAAAGUGUUUUUGAGACCAACAGAAGAACUGCCCAGAGUGUUGUGAGUCAGCGGGAGGUACAUGGCAGACGGGUCACUGUGGUUGAUACUCCAGGCUGGUGGUGCCACUACCCACAAGAAAACACCCCAGAGCUGGAUCAGAUAGAAAUCAAGAACAGCGUUCAUCUGUGUCCCCCAGGGCCUCACAUAUUUCUUCUAGUCAUUCCUUUAGAAGAAGACUUUUCUGACAUUUUCAAGGAAUCCCUAGAAGAGCACAUGCAACUCUUCAAUAAAGGAGUCUUUGAUCAAACCAUUGUGCUGUUCACUGUAGAUGAUCCAUGUAAAACAAGUUUAAAAUACGACAUCCCUUUCUGGCCAGCACUUCAGAUGAUUCUUCAACAAUGUGGAAACCGAAAGCAUGUUUUCAACAUCAGCAACCACCAGGAUAGGACUCAGGUCACAAGGCUUUUCGAGAAAAUAGAGGCAAUGAUUGCACAAAAUGCUGCUGGUCACUAUUCUAUUGAUGCUGCUGAUGGGAGUGCUCUGAGAGAGAAAAUGGAAGCAAUCGUUGAAAGAGCAUCAAAGAGGUUUGCCGAAGUGCAGGCAAAAAGAAGGAAACUCAAAGCCCUGAUUGAAGGUGGCAAAACUCCCCCAACACAUUUGAGGCUAGUGAUGGUUGGUGCACAGUGGUCAGCCAAGAGCUCAGCAGGCAACACCAUUCUAAGGAAAUAUGCAUUUCCUGUUACUCACAUGAGAACAACUGUGUGCUGCGAAAUAAACCACAGCAUGGUGGCAGAUAGGCAGCUCACAGUGGUUGACUCUCCAGGCUGGUUAUACAACGGCACCCUUCAGGAGCUCUCCGAGAUUAAUAAACUUGAAAUAGAAAACAGCAUGCAUCUGUGCACUUCAGGACCCCACGCAGUGCUCCUUGUUGUCGGCCUGGCAUCCGCGUUCAACGCAACAUACCAGAAAGCGGUCCAGGAGCACAUGAGUCUGUUCACGGAUGAAGUCUGGAAGCACACAAUUGUUCUGUUUACCAGAGGUGACUGGCUGGGAGUGAAGACUGUGGAAGAGCGCAUUGAGAGUGAGAAGGGUCUGCAGUGGCUUGUGGAGAAGUGUGGGAACAUGUAUCAUGUCUUGGAUAACAAAAACCACAGUGACGAGACUCAGGUAACGGAGCUCCUUGAGAAGAUUGAAGAGAUGUGGGCAGGAAACAAAGAUGGUCAUUUUGAAGUCAACCUGGGCCGUGCUGAGCAGAUGGAGGCAAGAAAAGAGGUUACAGACAAGAAGGCAAAAAGUAUUCGUCAGACGGCCCAAAGACAAGCAAGAAUACUCAAAGAGUUGUUUCGAGGGGAGACGCAGACAAUCACUGACCAUAAGGUUGUACUUAUCGGGCCGAAAGACUCUGGGAAGGGUAUGGCAGGAAACAUGAUCCUUUUUGAAGAGCUGUUUGGCACAGCUUGGAUGAAGAAGGAAUUCCAAGAUCAGAGAAGAACCACAAUGUGUGAGAAACAUGAAAGAAAUGUUGCUCGACGAAACAUCACCGUGGUUGAGGCACCAGGCUGGUUUGCAGACGAGAUCACACCCGACUGGCUCAAGAGUGAAGUUCUGCGCAGCGUCUCAAUGUGUGCUCCUGGUCCUAAUGCUUUUCUCUUGGUUGUACCCAUUUUCAAAACCUUUACAGAGAAUGACUACAAAACAAUGGUUGAGCUCUUGAUGCCAUUCGGUGACAGUGUCUGGAGGCACUGCAUGGUGCUGUUUACCUGGGAAGACUGGCUCAAGGAAAGAUCCAUUGAGGAGCACAUUGCCACAGAAGGCGAACACCUGGAACAGCUGGUGGAAAAGUGUGGGUACAGAUAUCAUGCCAUGAACUGCAAUCCAUAUGGUUGUUUUGCUUUACCUAUCAUACAGCUGUUUGAGAAAAUGUUUGACAUGAUAACACGAAACAAGGGCCAAUACUUUGCCGCUGAAGACAAAAUGGGGAACAAGCGGAAACCAACGCAGUGGCAAGAGGAGUGGAACAGGAGGGAGCAGGAGCUAAUCGACAGGAUGUUGAAAGCUGUUGCACAAGAACCAGAAGAACCGAUCGUACCAUCUAUGAAGAUGAACGCAAGCAUGGAUGGAGCCUUCACUCCGAGCAUGAGUGGAGAUGUUCCCAUAGAAGUUGGGGGCACAUUUUGGAGUCAAAGAGAACGUGCCAAAGUGACUGAAUGGCUGAGCGUUAGAUUUGGGGGCUCUGAUGUCACCUCUGGGGUCGACAGCAUGAGUAUUUCAGCCAGUGAUGUGGAGAUGUUGGACCAAAGCCUCCUGACAGACGACAAUCAUCAACGAAUGACAAGGUUUUUGUCAGAUAAACAUCAACAAAGGAAGUUAGAGUCUAUUGUCCAUGGCAGGGUCUUGACACACAUUGAAGAAACAAAACGCAGGCACUCUUUUUAGCACACACAAGCAGGCUGGUAACUAUGGUAACAAAAGAGAAAACGUGCACAGAAAGCACAGUUUUCCAAACACUGUUGGACCCUGCCAGAAACUUGGUGAUUAUCUAGCUGUAUUACUUUCUGAUGCAGCCAAUACUAUGUAUGUUAUGUUCAAUGUUCAUUAUUUAAUGUGAUUAUGUAAUCAUGUCAAUGCAGAGAUUAUAUUUUCGGGUCUUCCCUGUAACAGUGUAAAAAAGCAUGUUAUAGCAUAUCAUGAAUAGAACAUUUUAAUUGUAUGCAGAACAUUAAAUCAUUUAAAGAUUCAGAAUUUCCCCCAAAUAUCAGUCUGGCAGGCGAUACCGCAGCAUCCGAUUCCGGACUAACCACCAGACUCAGGGACAGUUUCAUCCCACAGGCCAUAAGACUAUUAAAAACCUGAACUUUUGAAACAACAUCCAUAACAUUCAUCUGGCUGCAACUUAGAAAUGAUUUAUCUAAUAUAUCAUAUUCCAAUAACUUGUAUAUAGACUCUUAUUGCACUUUUUCACAAUUUUACUAAUUUACUAUUUUUACUUAUUUACUUGCACUAUCUUUUCGGUUUUUCGGUUUUAUUGUGUUACACUGUUGGAGGAGCCUGUGACCUAAGAUUUUCAUCGUCAUAACUACACUAUAGCUAUGUACGUAUGACUAAUAAAAGCCUUGAACCUUAAACCUUGAACUAAUUAAUGGUGAUAUAUUAUUGAUGGUAAAGCAAUCCAGCAGAAGGCCUAUCUGUUUGUUAGAAAUACCCCCACCUUUGUCAGUUGCAUACAAUUAUGUACAAAGUAAUUCAUCAAUUUAUCAUACAUUAUUCUGAAAUGGGCCAUUCUAUAUAGGUAGGCUACUUUUUAGUUGGCUAGAUACUUGAUUUAUGAUGCUAACACAGUUAUUUUACUUUGAUAACAUUGAAUAAAGGACCUUAACUUGUAAUGAA